UAUAUGUAUUUAGGUCAUCAUGAACUAUUUGGAAUAAAAUUGCCAGAUGCAUUCACAGUCGAUGCCAAGAUACAAGAUCAACAUGCAGAGCGACGCUUCAAACAAUUUGAAGAAAAUAAGCGUAAAAAGCAACAAAAGUAUCAAACAUCAAAAAAUUCCAUUGAAGCUGAAUACGAUUCGGAUCAGUCAUGGUGGUCGUCAAGCAGCGAAGAAGAUGCAAUCGAUUUGAGCAACAGUGAAUUGUCAGACAACAGUGAUGAUAGUAAUGAUAGCGGUAGCGGUAGCGACGACGAUGGCGAAAACUGAGAAUAGCAUCGUUCACACACUGCACAUCGCUCAUUCAACAAAUCAACAAUCAAUCAAUCAAACAAAUAAAUGAAAAAUUAAAUUUUGUUUAAUUUAAGGAACAAUGUUAAUAGUUCUUAUCAUGAAGUCUGGCUAUUCAGCGUGGACUUCCGUAUUAUCUAACCGCUAAACUUACAGUUCAUGCCGAUUGUUCAAACAUCGAUUGAACAAAUGCCAAUUUAUAUCAUCGUCGAAUGCUCUCACUGAUAUGCCAACAUUUGAAAUUAAAAUACAUUUUUUCAAAGAUGCGCAGCUAAGCGAUUUUCUCAAAUUCUGUACAAUUUUUGUCCAUUGUUCUGAUUUUGCAAUGUUCAAUGUAAUUAUCCGUGAUGUUAUCUGAAAUCAAAAUGAAAAUUUACAUUUCAACCUCAAUAAGUUCUCGAACACUAUAUAUACUUACAGUUAAUACUUUCAAUAAUUCGGUGUCAGCCAAUUGAUUGAGAUCUUUUUUCGCCAAAAAAUCAAAGUACUUUUUACGAAGUUCCUGCUUUUCAAUUUUAGUGUCCAAACGAAUGAAUGUCCACAAAACUGUUGCAAAUUCUUCUAUAGUCAUAUCAUCGAGAACAUUUUCAAAAACAUUUUCAAAUGCGCGAAUGUCCUCAAUUGGUUUUUGCCAGCAAUUGAUGUACAAAAAUGCCUGUGCUAAUUCGGAUGCAUUCAUGCCUUUCAUGUAUCGAUUAAGUAUACGCGGUACCUAAGAGAAGAAUCAGAAAAGAAUGGAUAAUAAAAAAAUAUUUAGUAUAUAAUAGAAAAUAAUCAAUAUACUAAUUAGUAUUAUGAAUUUGAAUGACGAAAAUAAUUAUUAUAAUCAAAAAAGAAUCAACAAGAAUUAUACGUUACCAUUGUUGAAAAAUGCGUUUGUUUGGAGCAAGGAAUAGAUAACCAAAUACUACUUAUAAACAACAAUUGUGAUGCUAGUAAAUAUCUUGAACGCGUUGAACAAGCUUGAUCAAACGCAUAAAAUAACUCAACUCCGUUUCGUUGUCGAACCACACUCACGUUCAAUGGAUAAUUGGCAAAUAUUUGCAUCGCACGAAUCACUUCAUUCAAUGUGAAUUGUUCCAUUCGAUCACAAAAAUCAUCGAUAAACUGAUCAAAUCCUUUAUCGGACAGUUGAAUAUUAUUUUCUUGGCUUUUAGUCAACAUAUUGCUGAAUGCAUGUAUUAAUUUAUCAUUAAUAUCAUCCAACUCGAUAUUUUGAUCAUCAAUUGGACAUUGCACAAGGUUUCUUGUUUCGUUGUCAAACUUAUAAACGAAUCCAGAGUUCCUUUUAAACAUAUUGUGACGAUCAGACUCUCUAUAAUAAUUGCUCACUCUUUGCAAUUGCUCUGCGACAUCUGGAUGUUCAUUUUUCACUGAACAAAACUGGGCCAUUCGUUGAAUCGCCAAACAUCUUUGGAAAUUUAAUUUGGAAAUUAUUCGGAACAUCCUAUGUCACAACUUUCAAAUUUCAACAAUUCGAUUCAAACUCUUUUAUUGAAUUUGUGAGGUUAGCAUAUUUUCAUACUUGCGAGACAGAGUUUGAUGUAUAAUAAGUACGUAGAGUACUUUACCAUCUAAGAAAUAAAAAGUACUUACCAAAAGAACCUUUUUCCAUUCUGUUCCAUUAUCAUUAUUCACAUAAAUUCUAAUAUCUAUUGAAUAUAUCGUUAGGAGAGUAUGUUAUUCAGCACUUAUAGCUGAGUAAUGACUGAAUUAAACAUAGUCUCCAAUCGAUAUAUUCCAUAUCUAUUGACUACGAGAUUUUCAAAUGACGAUGAUGAUGAUGGAAACAGAAAUGUAUGUGAAUGGAGAUUUUGUGUGUCUGUGUUGAUUGAAAAUGGAUUCUUAGAUACUAUGUAGCCUGACCACACCAUAUGAAAGAUACAAAAAGCGCAACAUUAAACAGAUUGCUGACAAAAAUUGAGAUUGCAUCGGAAUAACGUCACGGCGAUAACGUGAUGCAGUGAACCGACAUACGACAUCAGUAGCAACGACGAAAGGUGAUUUUAUUAUUAUUUUUUUAUCUUGCAUAGUAGCCGUACAUUCGCAGUAAAGCAAUUUUUUACUA